GGAUGAAGCAACGUAGCGGUCGGCGAGCGGCCUUGCCUAAGGCGACCACGGGGCCUGAGCGUCAGCGAUGUCGUCGGAGUGCGAGCAUGCGUGACCUCGUCGAGGACUGGCGGUGGUCGUCGCACGCGAAACGUGAUAACCGUGGAAACCUCCCUGGGCUAGCGCUUAUCGCCCAGAGACGCACGCACGCUGCAUAGAUACGAACGGAACGCGUUCCUUGACGCCGUAGCGAACAGCUGCGACGAAGCGAGCCAGCCGCACUCUCGCAUUUCCACGUGUUUCAGCACCGUGCAUCGAAGAAAUGCGCGUCGUCUGCUGCGGCGGCGCCUGUUGAUGCUGCUGCUCUUUGACAGUGUGUCGUCGGUUUUGCAUCUGAGCGGUUUACAAGACGGAUCAACAGGCAUGGCGUUCCCGAUCGACUCACCCGGUGAAUCGCCGGGCGACUCCAAAAGCGGCGCCGUCGCCGCCACCGCCAUCAACAUGUCCACGGGUCCGACGACGAGCGGCGGGAGCAGCGGCUGCGGUCGCGUGUACGCGGCGCUGGUGCUCUCCGGUCUCUUCUUCCUGGCCGAGAUUGUGGUGUCGCACGUCACUCACUCGCUGGUGCUGCUCAUCUAUGCCUACCAGAUGCUGUACAACGUGCUCGCAUUGGUGCUGCUUGUCAUCAGCCACCACAUCUGCCAGGAGAGGACACUAAAGAACACCUUCGGCUGGGCGCGCGUCGAGGUCCUGGGCACUCUUGUGAACAUGCUGUUCCUGAUGGCGCUGUGCUUCGCCAUUUCGGUGGCCGCCGUGCAGACCAUCGUGCACGCGUCGCACGAGAACACCGAGCCACACUACCCGAUGCUACUGCUCUGCUUCGGCAUCCUCGGGCUGUCCGUCGACAUCAUCUGCUACAUUGUCAUCGGAGGCACCCGUGUUCGUCGCGGCUGCAACCUUCGCAUCGUGCAGGGCACCGAGGUACAGGUGAACUUCGUGGUGGGCACGGAGUCCGGCAACGAGGAGGAGGACGACCUGACGCCGCCGCCGUGCCAGAUGCAGUUGCCCGAAGAUCCGAGCACCAAGCAGUCCCUGCUGCCCACACACGCCCACGCUCACCACGCGCUCUCCGACGCCAGGAGUUGGCGCUCCUGCCUGCUGGAAGCGAUGCGCACCUGCGGAGGCUGCCUCCUCGUGGUAGGCUGCGCAUGCGCCGUUCAUUUCGGGACGGGGACGCUGCCGCGGUACGUGGACCCAGUGCUCGCCGUGGUGGCCGUAGCCAUACUCAUUUGCACUUCCUACCCGCGCAUAAAGGAGUCUGGUCUCAUCCUUCUUCAGAACGUCCCUCAUAACGUCGACAUCGCCACAAUGCAGAAGAGGAUUAUGAAAGAGUUUCCGUCCAUUCUGAACGUGCACGAGUUUCACCUGUGGCAGCUCACCAACACGCACCUGAUCGCCACGGUGCACAUCGUGUUCGGGUCGCCCGCGGUGUACGCUUCCGUCGCCGAUCGUCUCAACCGCUACCUGCACGAACAGGGGAUCACCUCCACCACGGUGCAGCCAGAGUUCUGCCAGGAAACGCACACGGGCUCGCAGUGCAUCCUGCAGUGUUCGCAGGCCAAGCGCUGCGGCUCGUUAACCUGCUGCGGCGGCCACACCACCAAGGAGGCCGAGCUGCGGAGGCGAAACGCGGCCGCCGUUCCUCCCACGACCAACGGCGACAGCCUGCUGGCGGUGCCGGCAAGCGCGGCAGUAAGCCCUUCCAGGGCGUCAUCAGUCAUCAGCCUGGACAGCCAAGUGCUGUGCGAACUGGGCGGACUGAAGGAGACCGAUCUGUAGGCGGGUUGCCGUGCCCGUCUCCUUUCCGUACGAGAAGCCCUUGAGCCUUCGCUACAAGGUGUCAACACGCCACCGAAUCGGUGGCAGCUCUCAGCGGGGCAUCAGGGGAGCACGCUUCGCCGGUACCGAUCGAUCUGUGCAGAUUGAAUGCAAGGAUCGAGGGAAUCGGCGUACGCUGUGACCCGUGCGGUGCGGUCCGCAGAAAGCAUGCAGUGCCAGAACGUUUUCGGUGCUUGAGGGGCCGUCCAUGUGUAAAAUCACCGUGGUGUGGUCUGUGCUGCAAAACAGGCGCUGAAAGCAAGAGUGAAGAAGUGACAGCGCCGCGUGGUCGAAGUGUAGGAAUGGAAUGCCCAUCACCGAAGUACCUGCCUGGGUUGGUGGAAACGUGGCGGCGAGCCGUGCUGCCAGAUGGGCUACGGACUUAGACUCGCCAUGGUUCUCCUCCUAUAUAACGACAGCAAGGAAGGAACUGCACAUCGAUUAUGCUCACCGUAAAACCAGGCAUUCGAUGCGUUUAUUUACCA